CCCCUCCAGCUUUGCUCUCUUCUUUCUUUUCGCCUUCGCUCUCACACUGUCGCACGCUCGCAGUCUUCCUUUUUUCUCUCUCCUCUAUCCUUCGAAGAAGAAUAAUCGCAUUUAUAAUCCCGCCUCGCCUCUGGCUUCCCUCUCCGUGUUUGGAAAACUUGGAGGGGGAUGGAGAAGAAGCAAGGGUUCUUCUCGGCGCUGCGGGAGGAGGUGGCGCGGGGGCUGUCACCUGCGCGGUCGAGGUCGAGGUCGGAGAGCCCGCGGCGAGGCGCGUCACCGGUGGCGGACCUGCUGCUUCCGACGCGGUGGAAGCGGCAGCAGCCGCGGGGGUUUCCGGCGGAGCUGCUGGUGCCGGCGUCUGGGAGCCUGGCGCCGCUGGCUGAGGGGCCAGAGGGGGAGGGGAGCGGCCCGGGGAAGGGGGGGUGGGGGCAGUGGAUGAAGGGGCGGCUCUCCCGGGCGCCGUCCGUUUCCGGCGCUGCCGCCUCCUGCCACCGCUCGGACCUCCGCCUCCUCCUCGGCGUCAUGGGGGCGCCGCUGGCCCCCGUCCACGUUUCCCCGACAUACGCGCUCCCCCACCUCAGCAUCAAGGACACUCCCAUUGAAACGUCGUCAGCCCAAUACAUACUGCAGCAGUACACAGCGGCCUCGGGAGGGCUGAAACUGCUGAGCUCCAUCAGGAACGCGUACGCGAUGGGGAAGGUGAGGAUGGUGGCCUCGGAGUUUGAGACGGCCACAAGGGUCAUCAAGAACCACAGUGUGACGAAGGAUGCAGAGCCCGGGGGCUUUGUUCUCUGGCAGAUGGCGCCGGGCAUGUGGUACGUCGAGCUGGCCGUCGGUGGUAGCAAGGUCCGUGCCGGUUGCAACGGCAAGCUCGUCUGGCGUCACACACCAUGGCUCGGCGCCCACGCCGCCAAGGGUCCUGUUCGUCCCCUUCGUCGAGCUCUGCAGGGUCUUGAUCCAUUGACCACGGCCAGCAUGUUCUCUGACGCACAGUGCAUCGGGGAGAAGAAGGUCAACGGAGAGGAUUGCUUCAUCCUCAAGCUUUGUGCAGACCCACAGACGCUCAAGGCUCGGAGCGAAGGCCCUGCCGAGAUCAUAAGGCAUGUCUUGUUUGGUUACUUCAGCCAAAAGACGGGGCUUCUUACGUACAUGGAGGACUCCCAUCUGACUCGAAUCCAGUCGAGCGUUGGAGGCGAUGCAGUCUACUGGGAGACCUCCAUUAACUCCUCCAUAGAAGAUUACCGCCCUGUGGAAGGUGUGAUGAUUGCCCACUCCGGGCGAUCAGCGGUCAACCUUUUCCGGUUUGGCGAGGUGGCCAUGAGCCACACCAAGAACAGGAUGGAGGAGGUGUGGACCAUCGAGGAAGUGGCUUUUAAUGUUGCCGGCCUCUCAGUCGACUGUUUCAUUCCGCCGGCUGAUGUCAAACGUGGAACAGUCAGUGAGGCCUGCGAACUACCUCAAUCGGAGAGGGGUAGAAGCAGCAUGGCCGGAAGUCAUCGGGCUAAGGUUGCAGCUCUGGACAAGCCUGAUGGUAACAUCCGAUGGAGGGCCGAGAAGUGAACCUGUCGACGAUCAUGGUUCUUUAGCUUUAACCGACUGACUCACCAAAAACUACAGAAUAGCAGAGCAAACUUCACAGAUUUGGGGUCUGCUACUUCAACAAUCCUGUGUGUAUAGCAGCAUUUUUAUUCCUGGGUCUGCCACCUGCAAUAUAGCCUUGUUGUAGAAUUCCUGAAGGCUUGGCUGGUUUGCUUACUUUGGUUUGUCACGCUUGCUGGUUGAAGUCCUGUUUACUUUUUUACUUUUUCUUCUCCUACACCAGGGUGCUGCCUUCCAUGCACGAAAACAAAGAUGAACCAACCAUGUAUGUUCUUACCAAUCGCAGCAACGGGGACUUCACGGUGCCUGUUCGGAGUUCCCAAGAUUUUAUGUGUUCUUGUGUGUUUGUUUGUUGGCUGGGUUGGUGUGGCAACUGUUGAGGAUGCAGGUAAUUAGUAAAAUGUAAUCAUCAAUCCGAAACGAGGGUUGGGAUAUAAAACUUUUCCUUA